AUGGGCGACCGCUCAGCCAUCUAUGGUCGCUGGCCAGUGCUGGGUGGGUAUCAACAGUCACAUACAUUCGCCAGACACCAGUCGCCGGUCGCCGACCUCACAGUUAGCAGUCGCCGGACGCCGGACGCCGGUCUGCUGGCAGUGACCAGUCGCCGGUCGCCAGUCAACGGUCGCCGGUCGCCGUCAAGCUCGGGUGAGAUGGAAGUUGGAAGUGAUGAUGGGAUGGGAAGAUGA